CCGGUGCCCUUCCCUGGAGCGGCCCGCCACGAGCAGACCGCCCUCUUCAUGGAAAGCCCGGUGCAGUGGCCCCCCUGGUGAUGGCAUCCGACAGUGACGUGAAGAUGCUGCUGAACUUUGUGAAUCUGGCUUCCAGUGACAUCAAGGCGGCUCUGGACAAGUCGGCGCCCUGCCGCCGCUCUGUGGACCACCGCAAGUACCUGCAGAAGCAGCUCAAACGCUUCUCCCAGAAGUACUCGCGGCUGCCGCGGGGCCUCCCGGGCCGAGGGGCCGAGCCUCCCCUGAGAAGGGGGCCUGAGGACCGCCCGGGGAGGCUGCCCCUCAAUCCCGGCCCUGACGCCAGCCCUAGCGGUGGUGGGGACUGCAAGGAGAAGGCCCUGGGGAACCCCUACAGGGAGGAGUGUCUCUCUAGGGAGCAGACCCUACAGGGGCAGAACCCAGGAGCUGCCAGGCCUGGCCAGGUGCCCAUGAGGAAAAGACAGCUGCCCGCUUCCUUCUGGGAAGAGCCGCGGCCCACCCACAGCUACCCCGUGGCGCUGGAGGGGGUCCUGGGCCCCAGAGAGGGACCUCCCUACGAGUGUAAGAAACACUGCAGGGGCUUGGAGCUCUUCGGGCCCGACAUGGCCCUGAUCCCCAUGUCCCCCAGGGCGCUGGCUGAAAAGGAGCCACCCAAGUUGCCUGGGGUCUCCCUGGUGGGCCGUGUCAAUGCCUGGAGCUGCUGCCCCUUCCAGUACCAUGGACAGCCCAUCUACCCGGGCCCUCCAGGGGCCUUGCCGCCGGGCCCCGUCCCCAGCCUGGGCCUGUGGAGGAAAAGCCCGGCCUCCCCCGGGGAGCUGGCCCAUCUGGCCAAGGAUGUGGAUGGCCCGGGGCAGAAGGUACACAGGCCCGUGGUCCUGAAGCCCAUCCCCACGAAGCCGGCCAUGCCCCCGCCCAUCUUCAACGUCUUUGGCUACCUCUAG